AUGGAGUUAAAACAAUCUCUUUUAGAAUCAACUUCAAGGGAAGAUGCCAAUAAAAAAUAUUUUAAGACUCACAACAUUUUAUUUACAAAAAUAACUUAGUUUGUUAAAAGCCUUAAAACAUAAUCAAAAGAUCAACAGCUCAAUAAUAAAUAAAUAGAUCCUUUUAUAGCCUAAAGUACUAGUGUAGAUGUUUAAUUAGAAAAACUAGAAAAAUACAUUUAGGAAAACCAAUAACAUUUCUAAUCUACCAAUUUUAACUUAUUCAAAAUUUACAAACAAAUGACAGGCCUUACUCUUUUAAAAGGCUUCUUCUUAUCUGUUUCAAAUGAACUUUUAUCAGCAUCAGGUAUUUUUAUGCUGGACUUUGUCACUGAUCAAAUGAAAGAUUUCACAGGAUUGUCUAGUUAAAAGGCUUUAAUUUCAAUAAUAUUCCUAGGGAUAGUGAUAAACUAUACUAUAAAAAACUUUGUGUGGACGAAUUAUCAAUGGAUGAAUUACAGAUGGUAGGCUUUGUGUAAAACUACACUCUAAUAUAUCAUUUAUAAAAAAUCCUUAAAAGUUAAGAAUUAUUCAAAAUAGAAUAAUAGUGUUGAGCCAAAAAUUUAAAAAUUAGAAAACUAAGCUGAAGGACAAGGAGAUGAAAAGUUAGACAUAACUUCUUUUUAAAAAGUUAAUCCCGAUAUAAAUAACUUAUUAACUGUAGAUGUAGAAGAAUCGAUGCAGUUAUUUUGGGGAAUAAACUAAUUAGUUGCUAGCUUAGCUGUAAUAAUAAUCACGUUUGCUAUCAUUUAUUAUAAAAUCGGUAAGUCGAUUGUAAAUGGACUUUAUUUAAUGGCAGGAGCAAUGGCAGUAAGUUUUCUUUCUGGAUUUUUCAUGAAUAUCUUUUAUGACAGAAUAUACAGCCAUAAAGAUAGCAGAAUUUCUCUUUGCAAAGAUGUGAUAGAAGGGAUGAAGAGUAUAAAAUACUUAGGAUGGGAAAAUAUAUUUUCUAAUAAAAUCAAAGACUUGAGACAAAAAGAAUUUUUUAAUGUAGCUGCUAUGAGGUCAAUUGAUGGAAUCUUUAGUACUUUUAUAGUAUGUUCAAAUUAUUUUCUCUUGUAUUGCUUUAUUGUAUCAUAUAUAAACGAUGGAAACGAGCUGAUCAAUUCUAAUGUCUUUACUAUUAUAGCCCUUUUUGGUAAUUUAGCUUUUCCAAUUGGAAUGAUACCCUUUUCUCUUAAGUGCAUGACAAAAGCAAGAAUUUCUUUCUUUAGAAUCAAAAGCUUCUUAAACAUUGAUGAAAUUGAUGAAUCUCAAAUUAUUUAGACAAGUGAAAAUCAAUCCUAAGUAGCUGUUCAAAUUCAAAAUUAAUAUUUCUCUUGGCCUAACAAAGAAUUAAAUGAAGAAUAAAAUAUAAAAUAGAGACAGUAAAAGCAAGAUAUUUCAGAUUCAGAAAGCCAAUUUGAAGACUAAGAAAAUAGCGUUUCUAAAAAUAGCUCAGAAUUUAAUUUGUUUAUUGAUAACAUUUAAAUCUAAAAAAAUUCUCUGAAUUUUGUAAUCGGAAAAGUUGGAUGUGGAAAAACAUUAUUUUUACUCUCAAUCAUGAAUGAGAUGGAAAAAAGGUCUUAAAAUUUUGACCAAUCUAUUAUUAAAGAUGACCUUAAAUAAGUAAAUACCUUAAAAAUGACAAAUUAUGAAAAUAAAAUCAUAGUGAAUGGUAAUGUGGCAUAUGUCAGUUAGAAUCAUUGGCUUUAAUCAAAAACAAUCAAAGAAAAUAUACUUUUAGGAAAAAAAUAUGAUCAAGACCUUUAUUUGAAAUGUCUUGAAAUAAGCUAGCUAAAGACUGAUUUAUCUCAAUUCUCAAAGGGAGAUUAAAAAAUUAUUUCUUCAGAUGGAAAUAAUUUAAGUGGAGGUCAGAGAUAAAGAAUUUCAUUGUGUAGAGCACUCUACUAAGAUAAAGAAAUCUACUUAUUAGAUGAUAUAUUUAGUUCGCUAGAUGCUCAUGUGGCAGAAUACAUUUAUAAGAAUGCUAUAUUAGAUUACUUAAUCAAAUAAAAAAAUAAAACAGUUAUUUUAGUAACUAGUAAUUAUGAGUUUUUAAGCAAUGAGAGUAUUCAAAAUAUAAUUUAUUUGAGAAAUGGGAGGAUUAUUAAUGACUAAGAAGAAAUAUAAAGCUAUAUCUUAAAUUGCAAAUAAAAAUAAAAAAAGAAUGAUUUCUUCUUUGAAAGCGAUUACUUUUAAAACUCAAGUAAUCUAAACAAUAAAUAUAAUAAGAAUUCAGAUGAAGAGAUCGAUUAAUUAAAUAUAACUUAAAAAUAAAUUAAACUAAAACCAGAAAAUUAAAAAAAUAUAGGAUUUAACCAAACAAAUGAGCAGAAUGAAGUAUAAAAUAAUAAUGAGAUAAGCUCAGAAGAAGGAGAAAAAAAUGAAGAAUAUAGAGAGAAAGGUAUUAUUAAGUGGGAAACUUUAAAGACUUAUAUGAAAAGUUAAGGCAUAGUUUACUUAUUUUUUUUUAUAGUAUUUUUUGCUUUAGUAGAAGUGGCUAGCUUAUUGAUUGACUUUUGGCUUAGAGAUAAGCUGAUAAAUUAAAAUGAGGAAGAUUCUGCUUUUAUUUUUAUAAACAAACUUUUUUAAAGUUUUCAAGAGACAUUCCUUUUUUUAACAAUGCUUUAGCUAUCUUUAAUGCUUAUUGGGGCUUUCUUUUAUGUUGUCAUAUCGUUAUUAAGUUGUUACAGACUUUAUAAUAAGUUAAAUAACUCUAUAAUGUCUAGUAAAAUGGUUUUUUUUGAUAAAAAUCCUGUUGGAAGAAUUAUGAGCAGACUCUCUGAUGAUAUUAACUCUAUUGAUGAUGAUCUACCUUUGAAUUUUGAAACUGCAUCUGAACAAGUUGUUCUUGCAAUUGGUUAUCCAGUUGGUAUCUCUAUUUAGUUUCCUUGGAUGAGUGCUUUUUUUGUAGUUGCUAUAGUAAUUACAUAUUUUAUUUCAAAUAUGUAUAGAAGUUCAAACAGAGAAGUCAAAAGGCUAAACUCCCUAAAUAAAGGUUAGCUUCUCACUCAUAUUUCUGAAUCUUGCAAAGGAUUAGUAACAAUUAGGUCUUUUUAAAAAUAAGCUUACAUGACAAAAUAAUAUAUUUUAAGAUUAACGAAUAAUAUAAACACAUUUUUACUUUCUUUAUCUUUGUAGAUGUGGUUGUUUGUAAGGCUACUUUUAAUUUCUAAUGGAAUCUAGCUAGUUCUUUCAAUAACAGCAAUUAUCAUAAUAACUUCUGAAGCAAAUGUGGAUAUGAAUAUUAUUGUCCUAUGUUUAUCGUAUGGAAUUUUAUUUAGCGGUUAAAUUCUUGAUGUUGUUUAUUUCGUUUGUUUAACUGAAUAAGAAUUAAUCAGUGUUGAGAGAAUAAGACAGUAUUUUGAUAACCCCUAAGAAAAUGUUUAUACCAUUCAAAACUCUAACAAAUAUAUACAAUCAGCAUAUGCUUUAAGUCCUUCUGAUAUAAAUCAGAAUUUUUCCAUAAUCUUCUAAGAUCUAAGCAUCACUUAUGAUGAAUUGAAUGAAUAAAAUUCUGAUCUUGUAUAGUAUGCUCUAAAAGACUUUAAUCUUCAAAUCAAAAAAGGAGAGAAAAUUGCAUUUUGUGGAAGAACAGGUUCUGGUAAAACCUCGAUCCUUAAUUGUUUGUUUAGAUUAUAUGAUUACCAAAAAGGAUAAAUCUUAAUAGAUAAUAAAGAUAUUCAAGAUAUGAGCUUGAAGGAGUUAAGAAAUAAAAUGGCUAUCAUUCCUUAAUUUGGAUUUUUAUAUAAUGCAACUCUUAGAGAUAACAUAGAUCCAAUCAAUGAAAUACCUGAUGAAAAUAUUUAAAGAUGCAUUCAAUCAAUUCAAGAAGAUGGUCAGUUGAAUUAAAAUGACUGCUUCUAAGAAUUAGAUUUUGAAAUCCAAGAAGGUGGGAAGAAUUUAUCAAAUGGACAAAAGUAAAUUAUAAACUUUAUUAGAGUGGCUCUGAGGUAGACAGAAAUAAUUUGCUUGGAUGAAGCUACUUCUAACAUGGAUCCAAAAACAGACGAAUUGAUUCACAAAAAGUUAUUUGAAUUAAGUGAAGGAAAAACACUUCUAGUGAUAACUCACAGAUUAGAAAAUAUACAUAAAUUUGAUAGGAUAGUAGUGUUAGAUUCUGGAAAAAUUGUCGAAGAAGGAAAUUAUGAGUAACUAAGAUAUACAAAUAUAAUAAUUAACAUAAUUAAAGUAUCUAUAUUAAAUAAAUUAUAAAUGGAUAUAAAGUAACCACUUCUUGUAGAGUAAUCUUCAGAUCAAAGUAGUUAGUAUACUUUCAAGGCUCAUAACAUUUUCUUUACAAGAUUAACUUCAUUUAUAAAGUAAAUUAAGUUUUUAAAUGAUGGUCAAUACAUAUCUAAUCAGUAAACCUAGCCAUUUAUAGCCCAAAGCACCAGCGUAGAUGUUUAAAUCAAUAAAUUAGAAAAAUUCAUGAGUGAUAAUUAAUAGCACUUUUAACCAAACAAUUUUAAUUUAUAUAAAAUUUACGUUUAAAUGACUGGAUUUACACUAGGUAAAGGUAUUUUCCUUUCAGUUAUGAAUGAAGUUUUAUCUGCCUCAGGCAUAUUUUUACUUGAUUAUGUUACUGAUAAACUCAAGUAGUUUAAUGGAGAGUCCAAUGAAAAGCUUAUCAUAUCGUUUAUUCUUAUUGGAAUAGUUGUGAACUAUACUGUCAAAAAUAUUAUUUAGGGGAAAUAUUAUUGGUUGGAUUACAAAUGGCAAGCUUUGUGUAAAACAACUCUUUAAUAUUUAAUUUAUAAAAAAUCACUAAAAGUCAAAAACUACUCUAAGUAGAGCAACUUAGUGGCUGAACAAAAAAAGGAGGAUAAUCAAAAAUAAGAGAAUGAUGAAACAGAAGGAGAAGAGGAAAUUACAUCUUUUUAAAAAAGAAAUCCUGAUAUAAACAACUUAUUGACUGUUGAUAUUGAAGAAUCGAUGCAGCUUUUUUGGGGUAUUACUUAACUAGUUGACAGUAUAGCUGUUAUAAUUAUUACUCUAAUUUUCCUCUUCUAUAAAAUUGGAAAGUCCAUGUUUAACGGAUUAUAUUUAAUGGCUGGAGCUAUGUUAAUAGGUUUCCUCUCAGGCUACAUAAUGAAUAUCUUCUAUGAUAAAAUUUAUGGAUGUAAAGACAAUAGAAUCUCACUAAGUAAGGAUGUUAUUGAAGGAAUGAAGAGCAUUAAAUAUUUAGGAUGGGAAACUAUAUUUUCAAAUAAAAUAAAAGAUUUGAGAAGAAAAGAGUUUUUCUAAAUAUCUGUUAUGAGAAUUAUUGAUGGAUUCUUCAGUACCUUCAUGCUAAGCUUAGGAUAUUUGUUACUUUAUAUUUUUAUUGUUUCAUAUGUUAAUGAUGGAAAUGACCUAUAAGAUUCAAAUGUAUUCACAAUAAUUGCUCUUUUUGGUAAUUUAGCUUUCCCAAUAGGCAUGAUUCCUUUCACUACUAAAUGUAUCUCCAAAGCUAGAAUCUCUUUCUUAAGAAUUAAAGGCUUUUUGAAUAUUGAAGAAAUAAAUGAAUCAGAUGUCAUAAAGGUAGAUAAUGAUGAAAUUAAUUAAGAUGUAUAAAACGCAAUUGUUAUGAAUCAACUCAAGUUCAGCUGGCCAAACAAAGAGAUAAAUGAAGAAUAAAAUGAAGAGAGAGUUUCUGAAAAAUCAAAUAAUAUAAAGUCUUCAGGAUAGCUUAAUUAACUAGAUGAUUAAAGUAUCUAAGAUUCUAAAAUUAGCUCUGAAUUUACUUUAUAUAUUGAUGAAAUGAUAAUAUAGAAAGGCACCUUGAAUUUUGUUAUUGGUAAAAUAGGUUGUGGAAAAACUGCUUUUUUGCUUUCGAUUUUGAAUGAGAUGGAAAAAAAAUAACACCAAUCUGAUCCAUCAAUUAUUAAUAACAAUUCUCAACAAAUAGAUGCCUUAAAAAUGACUAACUUUGAUAAUAAAAUAGUUGUAAAUGGGAGUAUAGGAUAUGUAAGCUAAAAUCAUUGGCUAUAAACCAAGACAAUAAGAGAUAAUAUUCUUUUUGGAAAAAUUUAUGAUUAAGAACUUUAUCAAAAGUGUCUGGAUUUAUGCUAAUUGAAGAUUGAUUUAUCUCAUUUUUAUAAGGGUGAUUAAAAGGUUAUAUCUUCAGACGGUAAUAAUCUGAGUGGAGGUUAGAGAUAAAGAAUUUCUUUGUGCAGAGCACUGUACUAAGAUAAUGAUAUUUAUUUAUUAGAUGAUAUAUUUAGCUCUUUGGAUGCUCAUGUUGCUGAGCAUAUCUAUAAAAAUGCCAUUUUAGAUUAUUUAAUUAAAUAAAAAAAUAAAACAGUCAUUCUAGUUACAAGUCACUAUGGAUUUAUAACAAAUGAUAAUAUUUCUAAUAUCAUUUACUUAAAGAACGGAGAAAUUAUUCAUGACUAAAAAUAAAUUUAUAGUUAUAUUCAGAAUUCUUAAUAAGAUUCUAAAACUAAAGAUUUUAAUUUCUUAAAUGAAUAAGAAGAUGAUUUAUAAGAUCAAGAAGUAGAAGAAAAUAAGGUUGAAAACUCUGAGACUAACUAAUAAUUAAUCUAAAGAAAAGUAGAUAGUGAAUAAGACCACUUGAUGCUUUAAAAGAAAAAUUCUACAAGUAGCGAAACUAAAUUAGCAUUGAGAAAAGAAAACUCUAAAAAGUAGAAUUUUAAGGAUAAAGAUGAAGAUUUAGUAGAAGGUGAAGGAGAAAACGAAGAAUUUAGAGAAAAAGGUUCGAUAAAGUGGGAUACUUUAAAAUUAUAUAUGAAAAGCUAAGGAGUUAUUUUUCUAAUAUUACUCAUAUUGUUUUUUUCUUUAGUGGAAGCAGCAACUCUACUUAUUGAUUUUUGGUUAAGAGAUAAGUUGAUGUAUUCAAAUGAAGAGGAUUCUGCCUUUGUCUUUAUAAAUAAACUAUUUUCCAGCUUUAAAGAUACAUUCCUUUUUUUGACUAUGCUUUAAUUGUUUUUAAUGAUUUUAAGCUCUGUUUUUUAUGUUCUGGUUUCAUUAUUAAGUUGCUACAGACUUUUUAAUAAACUAAAUAGCUCAAUAAUGUCAAGCAAAAUGGUCUUUUUUGAUAAAAAUCCUGUUGGAAGAAUUAUGAAUAGACUCUCUGAUGAUAUGAAUUCUAUUGAUGAUGAUCUUCCUUUAAAUAUUGAAGUCACAUUAGAACUUAUGACUUAUGCUAUAGGAUAUCCUGUUGGCAUUUCAAUUUAGUUUCCUUGGAUGAGUGCUUUUUUUGUUAUAGCUAUAGUAAUAACAUAUUUUAUCUCUAAAAUGUACAGAAUGGCUAAUAGAGAAAUUAAAAGAUUAAAUUCUUUAAAUAAAGGAUAACUGCUCAGUCAUAUAUCAGAGUCUUGUAAAGGUUUAGUAACUGUCAGAUCAUUACAAAAACAGCUUUAUAUGAGUUAGUUAUAUGUCGAAAGAUUAAAAAACAAUGUUAAUACAUUUUUACUAUCAUUAUCACUAUAAUAAUGGAUGAUUGUAAGGUUGCUUUUAAUUUCAAAUAUAAUUCAGCUUUUGGUUGUAAUAACAGCUAUUAUGAUCAUUACAAUUGAAUUUUCUGUAGAUAUUAAUGUUAUCGUUUUAUGCUUAUCAUAUGGAAUCUUAUUUAGUGGAUCGAUAUGUGAUGUCAUGUACUUUAUAUGCUUAACUGAGUAAGAGUUAAUCAGUGUUGAGAGAGUAAGACAGUACUUUGACAAUCCACAAGAGAAUCUUGAUAACGUUGAUAAUUCUACUUAAAAAUUACAAUCUGUUGAAUAGACCUUAAGUCCUUCUGAUAUUAAUCAGAAUUUCUCUAUAAUCUUCAAAGAUUUGUCUAUUACAUACGAUGAACUGAACGAGCAUAAUACUGAUCAUGUACAAUAUGCUCUCAAAAACUUUAAUCUUAAAAUUAGAAAAGGAGAGAAAGUUGCUUUCUGUGGAAGAACAGGCUCUGGUAAAACCUCUAUCCUUAAUUGUUUGUUUAGAUUAUAUGAUUACCAAAAAGGGUAAAUCUUCAUAGAUAAUACUGAUAUUCUAAGCAUGAGUUUGAAGGAGCUUAGAAAAAAAAUGGCUAUCAUUCCUUAGUUUGGCUUUUUAUACAAUGCCACUCUUAGAGAUAAUAUAGAUCCUGUAAAUGAAAUAUCUGAAGAAGAAAUUCAAAGAUGUAUACAAUCAAUUCAAGAAGAGGGUCAAUUAAAUUCAAAUGACUGCUUCUAAGAGUUAGAUUUCGAAAUCUAAGAAGGUGGAAAGAAUUUAUCAAAUGGAUAAAAGUAAAUAAUUAAUUUUAUUAGAGUGGCUUUGAGGUAGACAGAAAUAAUUUGCUUGGAUGAAGCCACUUCUAAUAUGGAUCCAAAAACAGACGAAUUAAUUCAUGAGAAAUUAUUUGAGUUAAGUGAAGGAAAAACACUUCUAGUAAUAACUCAUAGGCUAGAAAAUAUUCAUAAAUUUGAUAGAAUCGUUGUGCUUGAUUCUGGGAGAAUUGUAGAAGUGGGUAACUAUGAUUAACUAAGAUAAAUAGAAGGAGGAUUUUUUAAUAGAUUAAUCACAUAAAAAUGA